UCUCAAAAUCUUGUCAGUGUAUCUACCUAUUUAAAUAUCAACUGAAAAAGCAAGUUGCACAUAAAGUGAUUUCACCACCGCCAUUCUCAUUCUCAUUCUCUUCCUCUUUAUCCAUCUCAGAUUUAUAUGAAUCACAGAAUAAAUGGUCAUGGAUAGUAGAAACUAUAUGGGGUUGUAUGAUACCACAUCUGCAAUUCAAUUAAAGGACGAUGCUAACUCAUUCUUUCAAGAUCUGAAUCUGAUGAACAAUCUUAGAGUUAGUGAUGCCUUAGUUGAACGUAAUCGUGUUGCUGUUCCACAGUUUCAACCUGAUCUGAAACCCGACGAUGUAGUUCCAUCAGCUAUAGAUAACUCUCAUGAGGAUUAUGACUUUAGUGAUGCAGUGCUUAAGUAUAUCAGUCAAAUGCUUAUGGAAGAGAAUAUUGAAGAGAAGGCAUGUAUGUUUCAAGAAUCUGCAGCUCUUCAAGCUGCUGAGAGAUCGUUUUAUGAAGUUAUUGGAGAGAAGUACCCUCCGUCCCCCAAUGAGAAAAUUCUCGAUUUAGGUCAGGAUGUGGGACACUGCGUUUUGGACUCUAGUAGUAAUUAUUAUAGCUGUGGAAGUGAUGUUACUGAUGGCUUACUAUGUCCAAAUUGGAAUCCUGAUCCUGGUGAUACUGACUCUUCACAUAAUCAACAAUUUCCAGUUGAUUCUGCUUUUGCUUCGACUUCUCAGUCAUCGCAUAGUUCAUCAAGUAGCUCCGGAACUGUCACUGAUGCACAUGUGGAUUCUCCUGUGAGCUCAAUUCAUAUUCCGGACAUAUUUAGUGAUAGUGAGUCGAUCAUGCAGUUUAAGAAGGGCGUCGAGGAAGCAAGUAAGUUCCUUCCUACAGGCAAUAGUUUGCUUCUCGAUGUAAGGUAUAAUGUAGUGGUAAAGGAGGAUAAUGAAAAUGGAAAAGAUGCAGUGGAGAAUCGUGGGAAGCAGAAAUCUCCUGAAGGGUCAAGAAGGAAGAAAAACUAUCAUCAUGAUGAUUUUGAUGUUAUGGAAAAGAGAAGUAACAAGCAGUCUGCAGUUUCCUCUGAAUCACCUGUUCGUUCAGAUUUGUUUGAUAAAGUGUUGCUAUGCAGUGGAGGGAAAAAUGAAUCUGCUCUUCGUGAGUCCUGGCAGACAUUAUCAAGUAAACACGCUCCAGAGGACAGCCUUCCAAAGGGAUCUAACGGUAGGAAGUCCCGUGGAAAGAAACCGGGGGGUAAAAGAGGUGCAGUAGACUUAAGAACAAUCUUGACACUUUGUGCACAAGCUGUUGCCGCAGAUGAUCGAAGGACAGCAAAUGAGUUUCUAAAGCAGAUUAGGCAGAAUUCUUCUCCAACCGGCGAUGGGAUGCAGAGGCUGGCCCAUUAUUUUGCAGAUGGUCUUGAGGCACGGAUGGCGGGUUCGGGUACUCAGAUUUAUACCGCUCUUAUUUCCAUGCCUACAUCAGCAGCUGAUAUCUUGAAAGCUUACCAGCUAUAUCUUGCUGCCUGCCCUUUUAGAAAGCUCUCUAAUUUCUUCUCAAACAAGACAAUUAUGAAUGCAGCUGAAACGGCAUCAACAGUACAUGUUAUAGAUUACGGUAUCAUGUACGGCUUCCAGUGGCCUUGCUUCAUACAACGUCUCUCUCGUAGACCUGGUGGACCUCCCAAGCUCCGUAUAACUGGGAUAGAUUUUCCGAAUCCCGGUUUCCGACCAGCAGAGAGGGUUGAGGAAACCGGAAAGAGGUUAGCCGAUUAUGCUGAGAGUUUCAACGUUCCAUUUGAGUUCAUAGCUAUAGCACAAAAGUGGGAGACAAUUAAAGUGGAGGAUCUCAAGAUCCAGAAGGGCGAGGUUCUUGUAGUGAACUGCAUGAAUCGGUUCAGGAAUCUACUCGACGAGUCUGUGGUGAUAAAUAGUCCAAGAGAUAUUGUAUUGAAUUUCAUCCGGAAGUUAAAUCCGGAUGUUUACGUUCAGGGGAUCGUCAACGGUGCUUAUAAUGCUCCCUUCUUUAUCACACGAUUCCGGGAGGCACUUUUUCAUUACUCGUCAAUUUUUGAUAUGCUUGAAGCUAAUAUUCCCCGUGAAAUUCCUGAGAGAUUGCUGGUUGAGAAGUUGAUAUUUGGCCGGGAAGCAAUGAAUGUUAUUGCGUGCGAAUCUGCUGAGAGGAUUGAGAGACCAGAAACAUAUAAACAAUGGCAGGUGCGAAAUACAAGGGCUGGUUUUAAGCAGCUUCCUUUGAACGAGGAGAUCUUGAGGAUUGCAAAAGAUCGGGUAAAGGCGUACCACCACAAGGAUUUCAUAAUUGAUGUAGACGGUCAUUGGCUACUCCAAGGAUGGAAAGGUCGUAUCCUGUUUACAGCUUCAACCUGGACGGGAGCUUAAUCUCUUCUCAUUACUCGUGAAGGAGCAAAUUCAUAAGGUUCCUCAACAGUAAAUUGGUCCAUGGUGGUGCUGGCUCUUCUGAAGGACAAAGACAAAUUUCGCACCUUUGCAUGGAUUUGAUUGUCGCGUUAGUGUAAUUGGUACAACGCAAAGAUUAUGCCGCGGCACUUAUUUGCCUUGGCAGCAGUCUAAGCAGGAGCAGAACUUGGAGUUGCUGCCUUGCCUUCUCCAAUGCAAUAACUCGUGGUGUUCGUUGUCAGUGUAACGAAUAGCGCCCGGUAACAAAACCUUUCCCCAUUUUUUUUUUUUUGUGACAUGUGAAACAGUGUGAGCCGAUAAGUGGUUAAAUUGAUUGUCGGGCAUCAAAGCCCUACUCAUUCAUUUGUAUUUCAUCCGUGAUCGACUAUGCCUAUAAAUCGUAGCAGUUAAAAUGAUCAUCGAAGAAUUUUCAUAGUAUUGCUGCUAAUAGUGGGUAGUGUCAAGGUGCUUAUAUUGUGCAAUUUUAUAUCCAGUGUUAUUAAAGGCGCGCUUAUGCCUCAAAGUGAGGUGUGAAACAUGUUGAAUGCUUGUUACCCUUGCGUAGCAUGCGCUUACAGUGUCGUCAUCCAGUCUGUAAGACGGUACUUUUUUCUUGACUCUGUGUAAUCCCGAAGACAACUAAACAGUUGAUAUUUCACUUUAUCGUAAUUUGCUUUCAAUUUCUUUGUCUAUAUGUUUAUUGUUUGUGCUAAUCAUUGCUAGUCUUGGAUGACACAUACUUAUAUCUACAUUUUGUCUUCUUUUUUUUUUCGUUGUUUCUCAUCCGGUGUCCGCUACCCGCAUUGGAGCCCCGACUAAUUCGGAUCGCACGUUGCAGGGCUCAUUAUGGUGGUAUCGCUCCCAACAGGAUUUUCUCCAUACCCAGGGCUCGAACCCGAGACCUCUGGUUAAGAGUGGAGCAGUUUCACCACUGCACCACAAUCCAUGUUAGUACAUUAUACCUCUAUUUGUGCCUUUCUUCAUUAAAUCUCACACUUUAUUUGUGCAUUGCGCUUAAAGCCCCAACAAAUCGUCUAUAUAUAUUUAUUAUAAGCCUUGAUAACACUAGUACAUCUACUCUCCAGAAAUAUGACUACAUACUUUAUUAUAUUUGGAAUUGAUAUUUGAAUUUGUCAAUUCUAUGAUUAGUUUUGUUAUUAUUCGUUGGAGAAAAUGUACUUUGCUUAUAUCUCAUUGUUAGUUGACUUGUGUAUAAAGAUUCUCUUAUUAAAAUCAUGCCUUUAACGAGCUUGUUCACCAAGUUUAUUUUAAUUCCACGUUAUUUUGCUAAAUCGUUGCAACUUUUUUAUACAAUCGAUAACGAUUCUAAGGUUUUUAUAUUUUAUUUUAUAUUCAACCAUCGAUAAGAGUUGAUUUUCACUACCGUCGAGUUCUAUUCUUAUCGCUAACAAAAAUCUGGAGAAGGGCAUAACGGGCACUGAGUUUCAAACGCGACUUACUUCCCUUGAGAAUUUAUUGGUUAUGAAAAGUCAACUAUCACCGUAAUCUGGAGAUCACUGUUUUAAAGGAUGAAAAUAAUUUUGUGGAACUAUAGUGAACACUACAUAGGAGUAUUAUAAAUUCAAUGUGGUUGGUUAAUUGGGCUCUUCCUCUUUUCAACCUUAUACAUAACGCGCACAAGUUAUUAUUUCAAAGUUGGUAAAUGGAUUAAGAAUAAUAAUGCUAUAAUUAUAUUUCUUAAUACAAAAAUAAGCUUAAACCUAAUGCCAUCAUCCGAUAUCUUAGACUUUUAGUUAACGUGUGUAAGCUUUUAAAUAUUUUUUUUCUGUUGGUUGCUUGUGGGGUCGGGUUGGGUUGAUGCUUUUUCUCGGCCUGGUGUUUAGCAUUCAUAUUGUAAUCCGAGUAAAUAAAUACACAUUCACGCUGUGCAGGACUCAGUUCUAGAGCCGACAUCUCUGAAAAAAAAAAAUUCACUUCUAAGGAUCGGCGAAAGAAUUUCAGUCAUCUCACUGCAACUCAUAUCGGUGAUUGGAAGUCCACAAGUGGGCAUAAGUGUUGGUCCAUUGGUUGAUUAAAGAGGAUUUUGGUCAUGAAAUUCUUUAUUAUAAUUAAGAAAAUACUUAAUUGUGGAUUAGUUGAUUGAAGAAGUUAGGAAGGUUAGGUGAGCAGUUAAUUAUGGAGUUGUUUACAUUUUACAUAAGAUAAGAUGUGAUUUGUGUUGA